AAUUCAAACUUUUUUUACAAGCGAUAAUUCCAUUUUUAAUGUAUUAAAAACCAUCACUUGGUUUCAUCAUCAACAAGAAGACGUGCACUUAUAAAAACCAGAGCCGGCAACUCCAUUUCGCGUCUCUAUAUCCUUCUCUCUUAUCCUGUGCAGCCAAACCUUCUACGCACCGAUCUCAUGGCACUGCUUUCGGAUCUCAUCAACCUCGACCUCACUGAUGCCACCCCUAAGAUCAUCGCUGAAUACAUAUGGAUUGGUGGAUCGGGCAUGGAUCUUAGAAGCAAAGCAAGGACUCUUCCAGGACCUGUGAAUGAUCCCAAGAAGCUCCCAAAAUGGAACUACGAUGGCUCCAGCACAGGUCAAGCCCCAGGCGAAGACAGUGAAGUCAUCCUCUACCCUCAAGCCAUUUUCAAGGAUCCAUUCAGGAGGGGCAACAAUAUCUUGGUGAUGUGUGAUGCUUACACCCCUGCUGGUGAACCAAUUCCAACGAACAAGAGGUGUGCUGCUGCAAAAAUCUUCAGCAACCCAGAUGUUGAAAAGGAGGUUCCAUGGUACGGAAUUGAGCAAGAAUACACUUUGUUACAGAAGGAUAUUAACUGGCCUUUGGGCUGGCCUCAAGGAGGUUUCCCUGGUCCACAGGGGCCAUACUACUGUGGUAUUGGUGCCGAGAAGGCUUUCGGACGGGAUAUUGUUGAUGCACACUACAAGGCUUGUCUUUACGCCGGUGUCAACAUCAGUGGUAUCAACGGCGAAGUUAUGCCCGGUCAGUGGGAAUUUCAAGUAGGACCUGCUGUUGGAAUCUCUGCCGGUGAUGAAUUGUGGGUCGCUCGUUAUAUUCUUGAGAGGAUUACUGAGAUUAACGGGGUGGUGGUUUCAUUCGACCCCAAGCCUAUUCCGGGUGACUGGAAUGGGGCCGGUGCUCACACGAAUUACAGCACAAAGUCGAUGAGGGAAGAGGGAGGAUACGAGGUGAUCAAGAAAGCUAUCGAGAAGAUGGGUUUAAGGCACAAGGAACACAUCGCGGCUUAUGGUGAAGGAAACGAACGUCGUCUCACCGGUCGCCAUGAAACGGCAGACAUCAACACCUUCUUAUGGGGUGUUGCCAACCGUGGAGCUUCCAUUCGUGUUGGGCGAGACACGGAGAAAGAAGGGAAAGGGUAUUUCGAGGACCGAAGGCCGGCCUCGAACAUGGAUCCAUAUGUGGUGACCUCCAUGAUUGCUGAGACCACCAUUCUGUGGAACAAAUCUUGAAGAACAGAGAUUUGGAUCAUGAGAUUAUGAAUGAAGCCUGAUUGGGAGGGAGAUUUGAAAAAAAAAAAUGAUUUAGAAUUGAAAACAACCCUUCUGUCUAUUUUGUUGUUUGUCUUUUGAUUAUUGUGGUAGUUUUAUGGUAGCAAAGCAUUUCGAUCAAAAAUGCGUAUAAGCUGCCAUUGAAUUUCAGAUUUUUCCCAUGGUGUUUCUUGGGACUAUUGUUGAUAUAAUCUAUUCAAUAAUGAUACGGCGGGUUGAUUU